GUGGGGUCUAAAAUAGUACUGAACGAACUUGAUUUCUUUGAGAGAGACUGCAGCAUUUUGAGUGCUUUUUUAUAUAAUUACAAAUGCAAAUAUAUAUCACACACACAAACACACUUGCCUCCUGUUUAUUGCAUCCAGAAAUGAAAGUAAAAAAAAAUAUUAGGAACAGUUAAAAAUCAGGCAGCCAAAGAACACAGUAACAGCAUAUACUAUCUGCUCCCCAAUUGAUUGAUUGCACCUAGAUCCAAUAUCAUCCAAAUAAACAAAAGAGCACAAGGUCAAAUCUUUAGCCACCAAGAUCCCAUCAGCCACAAAUCGAUCCAUCUCCAAGCUCAAAAUCCCAAUUCUUUCCAAGAAAGAUUUUUCUCGGAGGCCAUGUCGACCGCCGGCGGCGGCGGCGGCGGCCGGCGGGUCACCAUCAGGUCCAUCUCCUGCAGGGGCGUCAAGGCGUUCGUCCCCUUCCAGAAGCCGCCGCUCUACGCCGCCGUGUCGCUCGCCGGCCGCCGGGAGAAGACGAGCGGCGACCCCGACGGCGGGGAGAACCCGGACUGGGACGCCGCCGUCUUCGCCUUCGACCUCCCCGCCGCCGCGGAUGGUAUGCUGCAGUUCGAGGUGAAGGCGCAGGUGCCGCUGCUCGGGAGCAAGCUCGUCGGCAAGGUGUCCGUGCCGCUGGCAGACCUCGCCGUCGCCGGCGGCGACGGCGCGGCGGCGGCGCCGAGGCACGUGAGCUACCAGGUGUGCGCCCCCGACGGCAAGGCGAACGGCAAGCUCAGCUUCACCUUCGCCGUCACCGGCGGCGGCGCGUACCAGCAGCCGCAGGUGGAUCAUCCAACUCCAAUCUCCUCCUCUUGCUGCGCGCCACCGCCGACGUCGACGACGACGACGACGUCGGGUGCGCCGUAUCCGCCUCCGGCGAUGGCAAGCUACCCGCCGCUGCCAUCGCUGUCCGCGACACCGUCAGCUUCACUGUACCCACCGCCGCCGCCGAGCAGCUACCCUCCUCCUCCACCGCCGCCGCCGCCGCCGCCUCACGUGACGCAAAGCUUCGCACCAAACAGCAGCUACCCGCCGCCGCCUCCUCCGUCGCAGUACAUCGCCGGCUACCCGCCGCCACCACCGAGCAACUUCUACCCGCCACCGCCGGCAGGCUACCCGGCGCCCAGUUUCCCCUCUCCGACGAGCACCUACCCGCCACCGCCGCCGCCGGAGUCAGCCUCAUCGCAGUAUCCACCACCACUGCCAAGAUCGGCGCCAUGCUGCGAUCGCUCGGUGGACCGUGCGCUGCCGUCGUACAUGUCGCCGCGUCCGCCGCCGCCCGGCGCGCCGUGCUACCCCCCGCCGGCGGCGUGGUUGCCGGAUCAAGAAGCGGCGGGAGCGCCGUACAGCUUGUACCCCCAACCCGGGACUCGCUACUUGUAGAUGAUGAAUUCUGCUAAAUUGAUUUGAGCUUUGCGUAUAUCACAAAUUCACAAGUUGAAUUGAAUUCUGCUUUUCAUCAAAAGAAAAGGAAAGAGUUGGAUUCGAUCUGUAAAUUAACUGUGAAUGCUUUAAUCGCCAGGACGGGAACAAUGAAUUGAUCUUGUGGAUUUGUGAGCAUGUCGGGUUGUUUUGAGCAAGAUCAAUUGUGAAUGUUUAGUUUGUUUCUGGAUUUUUUUCUUCUUCUCCAUGUUAAGCUGUAAAAAUCUCUUCUUGUGUAAAGGAAAAGUCAUCAUCCUUUCGACGGA